AUGGAUGCAGAUGGAGACUCACCACCGUUCUGGUCUCAGGCCACCACCACUACCUUCUUCUACUCUCACCGCCGCCCCCGGCAGUCUUCUCCAAUCUUCAACCCGGUUAUACUAAUCUUGGCUAUACCUAUUCUCAUAUUAGUUAUUUUGUUGUUCUUGGUUCCUCCAUUUAUUUCACACACCACUCAAAUUCUUCAUCUCAAUUCAGUGAAAAAGGGCUGGGAUUCACUCAUCAUCGUGUUGGUAUUGUUUGCAAUUCUUUGUGGCCUUUUUGCCAGAAUAAACUAUGAUGUUCCAUCCUCUGAUGCAGCUGAUCAACAAAACUUAAAUGUUCCACAAGUUUCUGACUUUGCAAGGCCGCCGCCGGGGGAAUCUGUUUCGAGUUCUCAGUGGUAUGGAUUUUUCGACGGGAAAGAGUACGGCGGUAAUGAAUCGAGUACUCCUUUGCCUGUGGGAGACGGCGGUGGUACACGGCUGAGGAGUAGCAGCAGCUCUUAUCUUGAUCUGAGGCAGGAGUCUCUGAGGGAAAAUCGGGAUAAUAGGUUCAGGUUUUCCAAUGAUUUUGAAUUGAAAUCUUACCGGACAUCGCCGGUGGUUGAUCGUUUUCACCACGGUGCUCGGUGGAGUGAGGUUGACAGAGACGAACCUGACCCGCCUGUGAAGGUGAUUCCGGUGGAUAAGUAUGAACAACCAGUUGCGAAGUCACAGUUUCCGGAGGUAAAGAGCGAAAUAAUUCACCGGAAAAAGAGUCUCACCACCAAAGAAAUAGCAACAGCAAUUGCUUCAUUGUACAACAAACGUAGAGAGAGAAAGAAGAAGGUGAAAACCAGAAAUAUUUAUGACACAGCCUCUGCCUCCGAGAAUUCUUCACCGGAACAGUCAGGUGCAGCAGCAGCACGUCCUUCACCACCGCCACCGUCUAAGUUAUUACAGAACAUGUCCAAAAAGAGUGUCAAGAAUACACGUGUACAUUCUCCGCCUUCAGCUCCAGCACCACCUCCACCACCAGAGCCUCGGCGGUACCACUCUGUCAACGCCGGCGAACCACCAAAACCCAACAAAAGAAGCUCCUACUCCAAUGAAAGCGUCAAUAUCGCCCUUAUACCAAUCCCGCCACUUCCACCGUCAUUCAAAAUGAACGAAAUGAAAUUCGUGGAGCGUGAAGAUUUUGUUAGGGUAAGCAGCGCGCAGAGCUCCCAGUGCAGCUCCCCACCCCCCGAGCUUGAAGAUUCAGAUCUGAUGUCUGUUAAAUCCGAAGGUGGAGAUUCAAUGGGGCCUUCAAUUUCUUGCCCGAGCCCGGAUGUGGAUGCCAAGGCUGAAGCUUUCAUUGCCAGGCUCCGAGAUGAAUGGAAACUGGACAAGAUGAAUUCAAUCAAUGAGAAGAGAAAGUUGGGCUGA